AGGCACCAUCUAUCCAAACAUCACGCGGUGCUGCAAGACUCAUUCUCGGAUAUUUAUGGACAAUACACUAAUUGGAGAGCUCUACUUCAGCACAUGAUGGAUAUCCUAGACUCCCAAAUGGACGUGACGGAUCAGAUAGUACUUUUGCAGAGCGCUAGUCUGUCAGAGGCCUUACAGGAGCAGCGGGAAACAAAGCUGUUGCAGUCUAAAGGACUCGUUACAGCGCUCUCCAUGUGUCAGCGACAGCAAUACGAGAACCUUGCGUUCACUCUACAAAAUGAUCUGCGUAGUAUUCAGGACUGUGCUGAAAGUACGAAACAUGUGGAGGAGAAGGCGCUACAGUAUAUUCGGCGGCAGGAAGGGCUGACUCUAGCGGACAUCGGCAGCGCAACAGCCCAGUCACAUCCCAUCAGCUUCUACUUAGAGGGUCUGAGUGCGUGGAGAGCCUUCUUUGGCACUCGCACAAAGCUCAUCACCGCAGCAGUCGAUGAACAUCUAACAGUGUCCACGGCCAGUCUAAGAACACUCAAGCAGCAGUUGACGGAGUUGACUCCCGUGCCAGGAGCAUGUAUGUGUUCUGAUGUGGUUAUGGAUCUACGACAAGUGUACCGUUGGUUUACGAUACAUAACUGGUUGUUGGUAGUGGCAGUGCCUGUGGCCGAUAUGGUCAACGGGUACACAAAAUAGCUCAAGCAGUGGUUAUUCGUGUUCACCCGUUCGCCAGGCUCAUUGGUGUGAAGUAG